AUGUCGAAACGCGUGGCAGACGGCCAAGGCGGUGCAGAUAGAUACGGCGGCAUGGAAGACCCGCGCGACACAGCCAUGGAUCCACCACGCAAGGCGACAGCAGCUCAGCUGGCAAAGCGAAGCAUCAAGCCGCUCAAGGGCCGCCCGGGCUCCUCCAGAUCCUCUUCGCCGAGCAAGCCCAGUCCCUCUCCCACCAUGUCCUUUGGCGCCGGCGACAGCAAUAAUCCAUUCGCUGCCCCUCCAGCUGCUGCCAGCUUCGACUUUGGCCAGUCGACGACACAGGCACAGAGUAACCCCUUCAACUCUGGAUCGACCUCGCAUAGCUUCCCGCCGAACGCCCCUACAAACGCAAACGCAAACGCCGGCAGUGCCUUCAACUUUGGCCAGUCACAACCUGCCAGUGCUCCCUCCGCCUUUGCGCCUCCUCAAGCACCCUCCUUCAACUUCGGUGCACCAAGUCCCUCUGGCACGUCAUUCGGCUUCGGUGCUUCACCUGCAAAGCCGGCACAACAGAACGGCGAUAGCAACAAAGCUCCUUCAUUCACUUUUGGCUCAACACCGGCCUCGCCCGCUCCUACAGCUCCCGCUUCGCCCGCUCCCGCCUUCAACGCCUUCUCAAGCAUGUCGGCUCCCUCAUUUGGUGCCGCUGAACAGCCUAUCAGCGCGGCCGAGGUUCAAGAGAUCGAAACGGCUGGUCCUCGUCUGACCCAGGAGGGCAAAAUUGACCAGCUCGCUAGCAUUGUUCGUUCUAGCGAGCCCAAGUACAUGAAUGCCAACCUCCAUGACAUUGUCUUGUCGACCCUCCCACCAGCCUUGCAGAGAAAGAUGCUCGACUUCGUCCGCGGCAAAUCCGAAAGUGUGAGUCUGACAGCGAUCGCUUCUUUCGAUCUGCCUCGUUAUACCAGCACCAUCGGUGCUACUCAUCUCCAUGCACCUCCCUUGUUUGCCGAGCACAUGCCCCAAAUCUACACUCAUCUCCCCGCUUUCAGUGAAGAGUAUUUCAUGACCAACAAGUCCAUCGAUGAGCCAAGACUCGCCGAGGCAGCAGCAGACGCCAACAUGCCCAGUGCGUGGCAGACGGGCAUUGCUGCGCUGCAGUCGCGUCUGGACGAAGAGAAGACGGGCAUGCAGCAGGUUCACUCGUACAAGUACUUUUCAUCAGAAGGCUCGCUUCAGCCCAACUUCACUCCACCCGCAGCAGACUCUUUCAACCCCAAUGCCUUUGCUUAUGACCGGCCCUUUCAACCAUACAACAGUGUUGAAGGUGGUCAAGUCCCCUUCGUAAUCCAUCCCGACACCGAGCACGCCACUCAACAUGACAUGCUCGGUGUAACCCUCUCGUCCGAUUUCAUCAACAGCUCUCAGCAAUAUUGCCUCUCUUCUCCUGCUAACAAUACUUUCUACCAGGCUCCUGCCGAGGCUCCCAAAUCCUCCUUCUUGUUCACAUCCACAUCCGCAUCCUCGACUGCCCCGGCCGCCACGUCGUUUUCCAACUUUGGUCCAUCCACUACCGCACCAUCGAGCCAGCCCGAGACCAAGUCUUCGCCUUUCAAUUUCGGCCCUCCUGCUGCUCCAAAUGCAUCUGCACCUGCAACUGCACCUGCAACUGCACCUACUACAUCCGCCUUCAAGUUUGGAAGCACCGCUGGGAUGACUAAGGACGACGCACCUGCCGCUUCUGCCUUUGCUGGCUUUGCUGCUUCGACGCCGAAGACGAACGACGCCCCGGCAAAGGCUCCAACUUCGGCUUUCAACUUUGGCGCUCCUGCUCCCUCUUCCACCGCGCCUGCAGCCUCUUCACCAUUCAAGCUUGGGAACUCGACGGCCGCGUCAGCUCCCUUAACUAACGCCUUCAAUCUCGGUGCUAAUGCUGAGAAGAAGGACGAGGCAGCACCGACACAGACUGCAAGCGCUUUCAACUUCGCCAACACAAGCUCUGCUGCUCCUCCGUCUCCCAAGCCUGCCGAGAAGAAGCUUCCCUCUUUCAACUUUGCUGCGUCUGCCGCUUCAAAGCCCGCCGAGGAAGUAUCUUACCCCAGCCUGAACACGCCUGCCUCUCAAGAACAGUCCCCUGCGCCCAAGCCUGCCUACAGCUUCGGUCAAUCGACACCAGCUGCUGCUUCAUCGCCCUUUAAGCUCGCCGCUGCACCUGCCGCAUCGCAAAGUCCCGGCUUGGGCACUUCAAUCUUUGACAAGCCUCCUGCCCAGCAAAAGGCCCCCGAGUCUACCUUCAAAGCUUUCGGUGCUUCUAACUCGACGCCCGUUCAAGCAAGCACGCCGUCUCCUUCUAUUUCUUUCGGUGCACAAGCUUCUGCUCCUCCUGCCAGAUCCGAGCUGAGCCAGAGCAAUGCACUCUCUGCACCCUCUACUACCUCGGGCGUGGCGACUCCUCCUGCCUCUCCUCAGAUUGAGCCCUCGGAACUGGGCUCUGUUCUCAUCAAGCAGCUGAACGAGUCCAUGCUUGCGCAUCUCGCAUCUGCCAGCCUGACGCAGGAUUGGAGUGCUUCCAUGCGCUUCUACCUUGAUCAAGUCGCCGACAUCCAAUCCGAGAACAGUGCCACGCCUUCCGCAUCAACUAUCCCUUCCUCAAGUGCACCCAAGCAAAUCACCGCUCCCUUAGCUGCCCCCAGCGCUCGUGGUGAGAAGCGCGCUGCUGAAGAGGAUGUCACGAAGGACGAUGACCACACCAAGCGUUCCAAGCCGUCUUUCUCGCAGUCUACCACCUCUACCUUCUCUCAAUCUACCACGCCUACCAAGCCUCUGACUGCGACUGCCACGUUGUUCGACGACAUUCUGAAUUCUGCAAGCAAGCCUCAAACUCCUCAACAGACCAACGUCUUCUCGGCCACUGCAAACAAGACGCCUGCCCCUCCCGCCACUGCUCCUCCUGUCAAGUCCAAUCCCUUCGGCGCCAUCGCUCGCAACACCUCUGCUACCCCCGGUCCUACUGCUCCCAAGACUGGCUUUGUGCCCCCUGCUGGUGCGCAAGCAUUGCCUUCGUCUAGCAAUGGUACUUCUGCUCCAGCUUUCCAGAUUUCUAAGUUUGGUGCCACCCCCGCUUCUACACCUGCACCUGCAUCUGGCUUCCAAGUACCCAAGUUUGGUGGCGCUUCCACUACAGCUGCUUCCUCCAAUUUCCUCAAUUCGUUCGGCAAACAGGCUGCUGAUCAAGAGGCCAAGGAGCGCGAAAAGCGCAAGGAAGAAGACAUGGACUCUGACGAGGAUGAGGAAGAAUGGGAGAGAAAGGAUGCUGAGAAGCAGGCCCAGAAGAAGGCCGAGCUCUUGGCCGCCAGCCAGGCUCUCAAGUUCAGUGUUGAUGCCACCAAGAAGCCCACCAGUUCUGCUUCGGCCGUCUUCUCAUUCAACGGCACACCUUCCACGACCGCAAACACCUCUGGCGCAUCCAACAUCUUUGGCAAUAUCUCCAGUAGCAAGCAGGAUGACCAGGACGAGGAUGACGACACCGAGGAAGAUGAGGAUGUUCAUGCCGCCGCUGUGAACGCAUCUCCUGCCAAGCCUUCAGCUGGCAGGAGCCUUUUCGACCGUGUUUCCAUGGAUACUAGCAAGGAGAAGACUUCUGAUACACCCAGCGCGUCUUUCAAGUUCAGCUCGUUUGGUAGCUCGGGUGCUACUGAUAACACUUGGAAGGGGAGCGAUCCUAUCAAGUUCGGCGCCAGCACAGCAACUGCAGGUACUACUACUCCUGAUGGCUCUCCUGCCAAGGUUGCUGCUGCUGCUGCUCCCAAGUUCAACUUCGGUGGUCCUUCGCAGGCCGCUGAGAAGUCAUCGCCCUUUGCUGGUAUGAUGGGUGCCAAGCCUGCCACCUCUGGCAGCAUCUUUGCCGCCGCAAAGCCCUUGGCCCCUACCACUGGCUUCUCCUUCAGCGGUGCCGCUCCCUCCAGCCUCGCGCCUCCUUCAGGCUCAUCAGUCUUUGCUUCUGCCGCCACUUCCCGCGCCACCACACCCGGCAACACUACCACCGACGCCGAAGCCAGUGCCCCCGAGUCCGAACCCAGCGAGACCCUCAACGACGCUCAAAAGGACUUGACCGCCCUCACCGCCGACGACCUGGCCAAAUACGACCUCAUCCACGAAGUCCGCUCCAAGGUCACCAAAUUCGCCAAGGACUCUUCCGGCAAAUCAGCAUGGGCCGCCCAAGGCAACGGACCUCUGUACCUCCUCGCCAGCAAGGAAACCUCCAAACCUCGUAUUCUCAUGCGUGCCGACCCCUCGGGUAAAGUGGUCCUGAACUUCAACGUGCUGCUUAACACUCAGCUGUAUGGUCAGAAGAGCGCUAAAAUGGCAGCACUGAGUGUCCCUGCAGAAGACAAGAAGGUGGAGAGCUUCAUGUGCAUCUUCAAGGACGAGGCCACGACCAAGGAGUUUUUGGCCAAGCUGCACGGAGCUAUUGAGAAGGUUCAGGGUUAG